GAGGCCGGGCGGAGCGGCUCGACUCCGCCCGGAGCCGGAAAGCGAAGCCCCUCCCGCCUUCCCGGCGCGGGAGCCCGGGGGCGCCAUGGAGCCCCGGGUGGUUGCGGAUGCUGUGGAGGCGGGAGAGGAGGACGUGGUUAUGGAGGCCCUGCGCACGUACAACCGGGAGAACUCCCAGAGCUUCACGUUUGAUGAUGCCCAACAGGAGGACAGGAAGAGACUGGCGGAGCUGCUGGUCUCGGUCCUGGAGCAGGGCUUGCCGCCCUGCCGCCGCGCCACCUGGCUGCAGAGCAUCCGCAUCCUGUCCAGGGACCGCAGCUGCCUGGACCCUUUCACCAGCCGCCAGAGCCUGCAGGCACUUGCCCGCUAUGCUGGCAUCGCCUUCGAGGAGUCGGCCCCGGAGCCUCUGGACAUGGACGUUGUACUCGAGUCGCUCAAGUGCCUGUGCAACCUCGUGCUCAGCAGCCCGGUGGCACAGGUGCUGGCCGCAGAGGCCCGCCUAGUGGUGAGGCUCGCAGAGCGCGUGGGGCUGUAUCACAAGAACAGCUUCCCGCACGACGUGCAGUUCUUUGACUUGCGCCUCCUCUUCUUGCUAACGGCACUUCGCACAGACGUGCGGCAGCAGCUGUUUCAGGAGUUGCGGGGAGUGCGCCUGCUGACCGAUGCGCUGGAGCUGACACUGGGAAUGGCCCCUGAAGAGAACCCGCCUGAGCUGCUGCCUCCCCAGGAGACCGAGCGGGCCAUGGAGAUCCUCAAAGUGCUCUUCAAUAUCACCUUCGAGUCCAUCAAGAGAGAGGUAGACGAGGAAGAUGCUGCCCUUUAUCGGCACCUGGGGACCAUUCUGCGGCACUGUGUGAUGGUCGCUGCUGCUGGAGACCGCACAGAGGAGUUCCACGGCCACACAGUGAACCUUCUGGGGAACUUGCCCCUCAAGUGUCUGGACGUCCUCCUUACCCUGGAGCCACGCAAAGGCUCCCUGGAGUUCCUGGGAGCGAACAUGGAUGUGAUUCAUGUCCUCCUCGGCUUCCUGGAGAAGCGUCUGCACCAGACGCACAGGCUGAAAGAGAGCGUGGCCCCCGUGCUGAGCGUGCUGACGGAGUGUGCCCGCAUGCACCGUCCUGCCAGGAAGUUUCUGAAGUCACAGGUGCUGCCCCCACUGCGGGACGUGAGGACCCGGCCCGAGGUUGGGGAGUUGUUGCGGAACAAGCUCGUUCGCCUCAUGACACAUCUGGACACUGAUGUGAAGAGAGUGGCCGCUGAGUUCCUGUUUGUCCUGUGCUCUGAGAGUGUGCCCCGAUUCAUCAAGUACACGGGCUACGGGAAUGCCGCCGGCCUCCUGGCUGCCAGGGGCCUCAUGGCAGGGGGCCGGCCUGAGGGCCAAUAUUCGGAGGACGAGGACACGGACACAGAUGAGUACAAGGAAGCCAAGGCCAGCAUAAACCCAGUGACCGGGAGGGUGGAGGAAAAGCCGCCCAACCCCAUGGAGGGCAUGACGGAGGAGCAGAAGGAACAUGAGGCCAUGAAGCUGGUGAACAUGUUUGACAAGCUCUCCAGGCACAGAGUCAUCCAGCCCAUGGGGAUGAGUCCCCGGGGUCAGCUGACAACCCUGCAGGAUGCCAUUUGUGAGACCAUGGAGGGGCAGCUCUCCUCGGAAGCUGACUCAGACCCCGACUGAGGACAGCAGUCUUCUGUUCCCCCUUCAGAACUGGUGCUGCUUCCAGAGAUGUCCUUGGGACUGUGACCCGGGGAAGCCAUGUCCCUCUCUCCACCUUGGAGACCCCUCUCUCUCUACUUCCAAAGUUCUGUUAAUGAUUUGUCUCUGGUCCAGUCUCUUAUCUUUAGGACUGUGAGGGCCUUUUCCUCUGCAACUCUGGAAACUCAGCCUUGAUUUCCUCAGAUGAAGUCGUCUUGUGUGUGUGCCAAGAGGAUGUGUGCAGAGGCCGCUGCUUGGGGGCAGAGGCCGAGCAUGGGCACAUGCAAGCAUGUCCAGCUCUGGCAUGCUUGCCCAGGGCUUCCACGUCAAGAAAGCGCCGCAAUUCACAGGAAAAGAACUUGCUAGAACUGUGUAUACUAAUGUCAGAAACAUACUUCCAAGGUAUGCUCUACUGUUUCUGUCCCCACUGAGCUCAGGACUGGUAGCCUCUUAUGUAUCCUUGGUCCUCGCUCAGCUGUCUGCUGUAGUAUUCACGGCACCCAAGCUCUCACUGAUUGUGACAGUGGCGUCCUGACCUUCCCACUGGCGUAGACCAUAAAUACAUGAAGGGAAGUGCACCUCGUAAAAGCCUAAGUUUGGAUUUCUAUCACGUCCACAAAGCAUCGCAGAAACAUCAUCUUGGAAUAAAGAGUUUCAAGCAAGA